AUGUUGGAUGCAAGGUCUGUUAACAUAAGCUUCAGUCUCGGGGAUGCGAGUAAUGCGAGUAUCGGUAGUGGAGAAGGUACAGGCGAAGAAGACGACGAUACCAACGGAAAAAAGAAUCAAAAAAAGAGAGGCAUAUUUCCCAAAGUAGCAACCAAUAUACUCAGAGCGUGGCUGUUUCAACAUUUAACGCAUCCUUACCCCUCGGAAGACCAGAAAAAGCAGCUAGCGCAGGAUACGGGCCUAACGAUACUCCAAGUUAAUAACUGGUUCAUCAACGCGAGGCGGAGAAUAGUACAGCCUAUGAUAGACCAGUCGAACAGAGCAGGUCCGAGCGGCGCGUACAGUCCCGACGGCACGAUGGGCUACAUGAUGGACGGGCAGCAGAUGAUGCACCGGCCGCCCGGCGAUCCCGCCUUCCACAACCAGUACGCGCACUACCCCGAAUACUACGGACACCAUCUGUGA